AUGUCCACCCAGGCUGCUCAAAGCAUCCUCUUCACCCACACAGCGCCCCAGCAAUCCUUCCGGCUACUUGAACUUCCCCCAGAUCUUGCGGACCUGCUCACCUCGGAGAAUCCUCCCACCCUGCACAUCAAAUCCCCCCAACCCUCCUCUUCCUUCCCCACAUCCAUCGCUACAUCCACCCCCCAGCCCCGCGACUACAUCAACCUCUGCACGGGCUCAAAAACCUACCGCAUCCGACAAGUCCAAUCCUCCAACUCGCUGCACAUCCUACAACCCAGCAACGCCGCCUCGUCCCGCAUCCCGGAGGCUGAGUUAGCCGCUAUCGGCGCGACACAGGAUCCGGCUGCCUCUUCCUUGAAUGCAGAUGCCGGCUCUGACUCUAGAUCUGGGGCAGGGAUGGCGACAGACCUCUCGGAAACUGUAACUACGAUUUCGAAAUGCAGUUCCACGCUGGAACUUCACACCCCGGCCGAGGGCUUCGAUGCGGUGGGGUUGUUGAGUGGGCUGGUGGGUGUUUAUGAUGAGGUUAUGGUGUUUCCUUUUUCUUCUCCGACACGAGACCGCGAUGCGGAUGUGGAUGUACGCAUGGAUGUGGAUGUAGAUGUGGAGCGGAGAAAGAUCCUAGAGCGGGUCUUCGCUGAUCUACCCGUCUCGCGGAAGGAGUGUGAGAGCGCGUGGAGGGCUGUUUGUGGGUUUGUUGUGCUUUGCGAUGGUGAAGGUGGUGGGAAGGCGUGGGCGCCGACGGCAAGGGUCAAGAUGGGGGUUUGGAAACAAGUCCUCGAUGGUGCGGUGUUGCAGGGGAUUAAUCUCGGAGAACAGUUUUUGGUGCGCGAUCUGUGGGGGGCGGCUGUUGGGGAGGAGAAUGAGGGGGUGCCGAGGGGGUUGUUUGAGGCGGUUGUGCGGAGGGUUUGGGCCAGUGUUGACAAGGAAGAGUGUGUGCGCUGGGUUGGCGAGACGUAUCUCGAGGCUGUUGCCCCCUCGGCGAACUCGGCGGUGGGACGCAGCGAGUUUCUGAAUGCGUGGAAGGACCGUCUGCCUGAAGCUUGGAGAGAGGAGGCUGCGUUGUCGAAGCUUACGGAGGAUAAGUACAGGUUUCCAGACCCGACGACCAUUUGCUUCGUCAAUGAGGUGGAUCGGCAAAAGCUCAAGAAGAAUCUCUCCACGGAUGCAAGCGCCUCUACGGCGGCGAAGAAGACACGGAACUGGCAUGAACUGUUCAAAAACCAGAAGCGACAGAAGCGUUGA